AUGCCGCUGCCCGAUCACCCGGCGGGCCACCACCCGGCGGCGGCGGCGCCCCCGCACGUGCCGCCCAAGCCGCAGCCGGCGCCACCCUCAGCCGCCACCGAGGACCACAACCAGAACAGCGUGCUGAAGCCGGCGGGCGCGGCGGCCGGCGGCGGCGGCGGCGGCGCGACCGGCCCGGCCCGGGACGCCAAACAGCACGAACCGCAGCGGCUCUCACACGAACAGUUCCGCGCAGCGCUGCAGAUGGUGGUCAGUCCGGGCGACCCGCGCGGCGACCUCCACUCGUUCGUCAAGAUCGGCGAGGGCAGCACGGGCAUCGUAUGUAUCGCCACGGAGCGCUCCACGGGCCGGCAGGUGGCCGUGAAAAAGAUGGACCUGCAGCGCCAGCAGCGGCGGGAGCUGCUCUUCAACGAGGUGGUGAUAAUGCGCGACUACCCGCACCCCAACAUUGUCGAGAUGUACAACUCGUUCCUGGUGGAGAACGAGCUGUGGGUGAUGAUGGAGUUCCUGGAGGGCGGCGCGCUGACAGACAUCGUCACCCACUCGCGGAUGGACGAGGUGCAGAUCGCCACCGUCUGCAAACAGUGUCUGAAGGCGCUGGCCUACCUGCACUCGCAGGGCGUCAUCCACCGCGACAUCAAAUCGGACUCUAUCCUGCUCUCCGCUGACGGAAAGGUGAAGCUGUCGGAUUUCGGUUUCUGCGCCCAAGUAUCCCAGGAGCUGCCGCGCCGCAAGUCCCUGGUGGGCACGCCGUACUGGAUGGCGCCGGAGGUGAUCUCCCGGCUGCCAUACGGGCCAGAGGUGGACAUCUGGUCACUGGGUAUAAUGGUGAUUGAGAUGGUGGACGGCGAGCCGCCCUUCUUCAACGAGCCGCCGCUGCAGGCCAUGCGACGCAUCCGAGACAUGCCGCCGCCCAAACUGAAAAACACCAACAAGGUGUCGGCUCGGAUGCAGGGUUUCCUGGAGAAGAUGCUGGUCCGCGACCCGGGCCAGCGGGCCACCGCCUUCGAGCUGCUUCAACACCCGUUCCUCACGCAGGCCAAGGGGCCCGAGGUGCUGCUGCCCCUGAUGGCCGCCGGCACGUGAGGGCAGAGCCGAGAGCAGCAGGGUAGAGCAGCGAGGGGCGUGGUACCUCCGCCGGACGCUGCGGCGGCGCCGGGGCUCGGGUGUGUUCAAAGAUUCAACGAAAUGAACCGAGGAGCGGCGUCCGCUUGGCGCGCAUGGAGUGAGCGGUCGGUCAGGCCGCGAGUUAUGAGUGAAGGCGAGUUAGAUCGAGUGGUAAUACUGAGUGAGUGAGAGUGCGCGCGAGUGAUGUGUGCCAGAAUCAUAGAGAUCAUUCCCACAAGCCCCGCCUGCCUCUGGUGUUCGCGGCCGCUGCCGAUGGCGAGUUUCGCCGCCCGACGGAUGGACGGGUUGUAUUUGUAUCAGGUAUUUGUAGCAGCUACUCAGACUCGCAGUCUCGAAUCAUGGUAGCUGAAGGCGGCUAGCAAGUCGUUAAUUGAUGCAUUUACGUACUCUACUUAAACUGUGCGGCCAACUGACUUAACGCGAGGAAGAGAUGAGACCCUCAGUCUGCUCUUCCCUUGCGCUUUACCGCAGCUCUGAGAGAUUCCGACUGCCCUUGUAUAGUCGUCUGAUUAGUGUACCGUCCUGAAUAUGGUUGUCAUGUCCGAAUUGGUUACACAGUGCCGCAUUGGUCCAAUGCCGCCCGUCGGGAGGUGUCGUUGGCCACACCCGCUUACUGAAUGCCGUCCUGUGCUGACCCCAGGGUGUGUCGUACCGUGCCGUUACCCUGGCGUCGUUACCGGUAUCGUGAUACCGAUACCGCAGCGUGCCGUACCGCGCCGCUACUGGUACAGUAACGCAGUGCGGUACCGUGGCCGGACUGCCGCCGUGCCUUGCCGAGGAACCGAUCGCCGUCCGAUGUGACUUGUUACGACCCGACAGACAGACGGACAUAUCGGGGCCGGGCCGGCCGCUCCCCGCAGGCAGAUGUAAUGGAGUGGCCUGCAGGCGGGAGCGGCCGCCCGUGCCGCACUGAUGGCCCGGCCCGGGCUGUGUCCUCCCUGAGGGUGCCCUGAACUGCCGGGCCGCGGUAUGGCUGAGUUCGUCAGCGCGCCUGCUCUGACGGACCGCGGUCGCAGCCGGCCGCCUCCCGGCGCUCCGUCCGCGCCCACUGUUUCAUUGUUGGACGUAACGAAUUUUUAUUGAUGUGCUGGCCGACACCGGGGCCGCUCGUAUUGUUAGUUUGUAGACAGCAGUCUUCAGUCGACUGGCUCUUCCAUCGGCACCACGUCGGCCGUACUUAGCCGUGUGAACGGACGUUUUUGUGAUCGGAAAUGCUUCGGUCGUCGUCGACAUUGUGUAUUUUCGAUGUCAUUAUUUCGAUUUGUACUUUUUCCUUCGAUUUGUGACAUUCCCCGACCAGCUGUGUACAUUUUGUCGGACGUAUGACUGCUUUGUUAUUCAUGUUUUUGUGCGCGAGCGGCCCUAUUGUAUCAACGGAUAGACCAACAGAAACUAUGGCCAACCUUUUCUAAUAUAUAUUCCGAUGCAAA